UUCUGUUGCUGUUAGGGAAAGUCUGGGAGACCAAAGGCCAUAAGUGUGCUGGGAACAACUGCCUGAGGAAGGGGAGGGAGAUAGGGCUUCAUGCAGGUCACAGACAGAGAUCUCUGCUAUAGAAUGAGUUAGGGGUGUGGUUUAACAGGGGGAGAAUCUGAGAUCUGAUGCCCAAUGUUGUCGUGUGAAGGGACCCAGUGGGAACUCGGUGAGCACUGUGUUCACAGGUGACAGUUCCCCUUCCCAGGCCAAGUUGCAGCAUUACUCCAGGAGGCCUUUCCUGAACUCCCAGGCUCCAUGUGGAAUUUACCACGUGUUCUAUGAUGCCUCCUAUUUCCUGUGUGUACAGUAGAUUUUCAGUGCCAGGAACAGACACUAUCUGAUAUAUUUUAUUCCUCAACACUUGAUAAAAGUCACUAGAAGUACUUGUGAGAUAAAUCCCCCUGGUGACACUGUGCAUCUGAAGAGUCUUCUCAACUUAAGACAGUCAAAGAUGGCACAGAAUAAGGAUCCAGAUAAUGAUGGACAUCUUGACUGGAGGCUUCUUUUCCUGCCCUUUUGCCCUUCAGAGGGAUUCUCAAUGUCAUCUGGGUGUCUCAGAACCAUGAGUCCUGUGGCUUUCUGCUCCCACUUUGUACCUCACCUGCAUGUUUCUCUCACAGAUACACACACUCUUAAUUGCAACGUCACUGUCAGAGUUCGUCCCACAUCUGGACAGCCCUGUUGUGAAGGACGGUGCUCACUGGAUGGAGAACCUUUCCUUCAGUAUGAUAAUGACAGUAAAGCCACACCUUUGGGUGACCUGGGAAAGUUGGUUUAUGCCACUCGAAUGUGGACAGAACUUGAGCGAGAGCUCGUGAGUUUGGGGCACGAAUUCAGGAAGAAGCUGGCUGAAAUCAAACAGAGGAUAACCAAUUUCAGUGGUCACCUCACUUUACAGGCCUUCGUGCUUUCUCAGCUUGAACAAGGACAAAUCAUUGCUACCUUUUUGAAAUUUAACAUCAGUGGAAAGUACUGCAUACUCUUGAACACAAUGAAUAUGAGCUGGACAUUGAUUUGUCUUGAAGCUGGAUAUAUCAUGAAUGAAUGGAAGAAUGAUGAGGAACUAGCCAAGUAUCUGGAAACCCUCAUGAAAAAUUUCUGUCACUGGCUCAAGGAACUCUUAAAACUCCCCUGGGAAAGGACAAGAUCAACAGCAACGGCCCCAGAUAUCACCCAGCUUCCAUCAACUGUAAAUAUCACCCAGCUUCCAUCUACCAUAAAUAUCACCCAGCUUCCAUCCACCACCAAGUUUCAAUAUGAGAAAGUAUUCAUCCCCCUGGGACUCAUCUUCAUCAUACCCAGUGUUAUUUGCAUUUGGAUGUGUAUGGAGAGGAAAUCCCAAGGAGUAAGAAAUCUUCAGAUGCCCAUGAACUGCUCUAUGAACUGCUACAAGCCACAGAGAAGAGAGAGGCCCAUGGAGCCAAGUGGAGAGUUCCCCAACCAGGCCACCAAAAUGUUGUCACAGGAGGAUGAGCCCCAAGACAUGAAGGUAAAAGCAUUCACUAAACCAGAUAUCUCCAUCACCCCAUCCAAGAGUCAGGAAACCUCACAGAGGGGGAGAAGGGAUGUAAGUGAACACUGCUUUCCAGCCGGGACAUGGCUGAUGAACAUUCAGCAGCUCUGA